UGAAGCUAUUUAUCAUGUUUGUUUUCAAGUUGACAAAAUAAGUCUAGGCCAGUAUAAAAUAAAUAAAAGAAUAAAAAUCGGGUCGCCUACUCCAUUGAUUCAGCUCUUAAGAGUUGGGUUUUACUUUUAGAAGUCGAUAGCUUCGUCACUAACCCCUAUUCUUAGAUCAUGAGCUCUUAAUCACUUGCAUCGAAUAGCGACAAUGAUGGCAUUUGUGAAACGAGUAGUGUACACAACUACAGAAGAACUUGUCUCAUUAAAUAAUUUAAAGAUUAUUAUUAACAAAACGCGAGGAAAUACUUGAAGAUACAAAUUUUUUAAAAAGAGAUUCAAAUCAAAGACGGAGAACCAAAAGAAGAAGACGCAGAAGAAGAAGAAGAAGUUAAAUCAGGAGAUAGGAACUUUGAUAGAAAAUAAUAUUUUAAAAUCAUGUCAUGAGAAAAUGAAUUCAAAAAAAGUAAAUCAUCCUAGAAAAUUAAAAAAAUCCAUUGAAGAUAAAGAAAUACUUCCUCCUCCACGAGUGAUUUCACAUGAAUUAUAUUUUCCAAGAUUUGGAACAAAAAAAGACGUUACACCGCCAUCGCCAUUUAUUCUCAUUGAUGGAAAAUUAUUGCGAAGUUCAAUUUCAUUUUGCAAGAAGAAAAAUAAUCGAAGGGUAAAAUUCCCUGAAAAUGAUAUUCUCGUCACUGCGUACUUCGAGUCCAUCAAUUCAUGGGAUUAUAUUUUGGAUGGAGAAAAAAAUUCCGAAGAAGAUAGUGAGGAAAGUGAAGAAAGUGAUGUGAGCGAUGAAAGUGAAGAUAAAAGCGAAAAUAGCAGCGACGGAAGUAUUUAUGAAAAAAUUGAAGGAGACCAUGAAAAUGGUCAAAGAUCUGUCUCAUAAUUAAUUCAUUAAUUACAUUAAUUUUAAAUAAAAAAAAAUAAUAGCUAAUAAGUAUAUAAUUAUUCUUCAUUUAAAAAUUAAGUUUUUAAACAAUUAAUAUCAGAAAUCUCAUUCUUCAAAAAAAACAAAUGACAUUCAAGAAAAUUGUUUUACUUUUAUUCUUAAAACUCAACAUAUUCAACAAUCGCAAAACAAAAAGGUUGUUUUAUCAAUUACAUUUUGUACAUGCAACAUUUAUAUAACUACUAAAAUCUCUGCAGUCACUUAAAUUCUUUUUUUUUUUUUUUUUUUUCUUUCUGUUUUUUUGCAAACACUUCGUGUAAAAUGAAUAGUAUCUAAAUGCACAUUAGAGAAUAUAAUAUUAAAAUUGGAUUAUUAAAUAGGAUUGUAUCGCUCGAUUUCUACAGUUACAGAAAAAUGUUUGGCCUCUGGUGCGGAAAUAAAAAAUAAUUAUACACA